GAGAGAGAAAACUAUACCAAAAACCGGUCUAUUUUUCAUUUCAAAAAAUAGCAACACGAUGAGCAAAAUAUGUCGACAUGAUCAUGCUCAUUCUCCCUUCAAAAAGUCACCUUCUACAUUGAAACUUUCUAAACAACGAAACCUUCUUCUAUUUCAAUGUCGACAUUCUUAUAAAACCUUCUUAAUCCUUCUAUAUCACUUUCUCUCACAUCCUCUUUUUCCCCUGUAAAUAAGCUCCCCACUUAUCGAUAGAGAGAGAAAAUUGAGAGAUCAGAUUACUGAUUACCCCUCUUUUUAAUUUUCUCUCUCUAUCUUUUCUAUCCAACAAACUUAUUCAGAAAUUACGCAAUUUUCUCAUAAUUCGAGAAUCUUGUCCUCAAUUAAACCCUUUAUAAAACCCUUCACUUUUAUUUCUUAAACUCCUCAUGUCUUCCUUCUUUCAGGAUUUCUUGUUCCCAUUACUCUCCCUUAAACCUUUCAGAGAGAACUUUAAUGUGUUGUCAGGUACCCUUUUGAGGCAAUUUAAAGAAACAAUGUCGAAUUCCACCUGUAAGUUAAGUGAAUCAGACUUAUGCCGAGAUGAUUCAGCAGCGUUGACAUUGAAGUUAGUGGCAAUUGGUUCGAUUCUGGUAGCCGGAGCAACUGGGAUUACGAUCCCAUUACUGGGUCGUAGGAAGAGUUUUCUUGCAACAGAUGGAAAUCUUUUUAUUGCUGCGAAAGCAUUUGCUGCGGGUGUAAUACUAGCAACAGGGUUUGUACAUAUGUUACCUGAUGCUGGAGAGAAUCUAACAAACUCAUGUUUACCAAGUCACCCAUGGUCUGAUUUUCCAUUUUCCGGGUUCAUUGCAAUGAUGGCUGCUUUGUUGACUUUGCUGGUGGAUUCAGUGGGUACACAGGUGUAUGAGAAGAAAGCAGAGAGAAUGAAGAGGAAAAAGGAUGGUUUGAGUGAUGGAUUUGUGCUUGAUGGGUCUAUUGACUCGGUUUCGGCUGCCGGGGUUUUGCCGGAGGAUCGAGCCGCUGUUAAGAGUGGAGGAGAGAGCAUUGUGGCGAUUUAUGCUCAUGAGCAUGCUCAUCUUGAUGGGAAUGGGGUUGAUGGACAUGUUGUUGAGGUUGGAGAUGAUGGACAUGGACAUGGACAUGGUCAUUCUCAUAGCUUUGGUGGAGGAGAUAGUAGUGUAAGGCAUGCUGUGAUUUCUCAGGUUUUGGAGCUUGGAAUUGUUUCACAUUCAGUCCUCAUUGGUUUAUCUUUAGGAGUAUCACACAGUCCUUGUACAAUAAAACCAUUGGUUGCAGCAUUAUCCUUUCACCAAUUCUUCGAGGGCUUUGCCCUUGGAGGAUGUAUAGCUCAAGCUCAAUUCAAGGACAAGUCCACCAUUAUUAUGGCCUGUUUCUUUGCCCUUACAACUCCAGGAGGCAUUGCCGCAGGUAUUGGUCUUGCCUCCUUUUACAACCCGGCCAGCCCAAGAGCUCUCAUCAUCGAGGGUAUCCUCGACUCUAUAUCUGCCGGGAUCCUUGUCUAUAUGUCUUUGGUUGACCUAAUAGCAGCUGAUUUUAUGAGCAAGAAAAUGAAAUCCAACACUAGGCUCCAAGUUGUGUCUUACUUUGCUCUUUUCAUGGGGGCUGCGUUAAUGUCAGCGCUUGCUGUCUGGUCAUGAUAAACUGGUAAAAAUUGACCUAAUGUGAUAGUUUUUGGGGUUCAUGCUUGUUGUGUGUAAUUAGUGUCCAUAAAUCACAGAUGGGGAAUUUUUCAGAACCCGGUUAUUGAAUUUUUCGUGCUUUAAAGAACCCGGGAUAAGAAUGAAGAAGUAUCUGCAUAAUCCCCUUGGAGGGAGCCUGGGAUUAUAACUUACAUCGGAAAACCGUGAUUGUUGUAUUCAUAGUGAAGUUUGGUGUGUAUACUGGUGGUUAGUAACUGAUGUUAUUGUUCAGUGCUAUGACCUGAAACUGGGUUUGUUGCCUGCGCUAACAAGAAAGAAAAGGGGGAAAAAUGAAAAUGCAAAACAAGAUGAUUUUAUACUAUUCUGUAUCUCUUUGUACAUAUUUACUUUGAGAACUGUUAUUGUUUGCUCUUGUAAUUUUUGUUCCUCCGAAAUAUGUUCCACAGACAUUUCUAAUUUUACUAAUGCAAAUUUCUUGUGUUUGACUUUA